UCCUUCCGUCCGACGCUGUGUGGAGCUGCUUCUUCGGCCGAACGCGAACUGCUAGCAAACCAGGAGACAAAAGCAACAAAGUGAACCCCCCUCCGGAUCAAUCAAAUGUGUCAUAUUUAACCGUUUAGGAGCCAAAACCUUGUGAUCCCUUCGGCUUAUUUAACAGUUGUGUGCAGAGAAGUGGAAAUACUUCAAGCUAUAAAUGGGGAGGGGCAAGCAGGCACUCUGUGUCCCAAACUGCAACGCGCAUAUCACAACACCUGCUUGAGAGCUGCUGUAUCGAUGACUACGCCUGAAAAAAAGUGAUAACAUCUAACACACAGACCUGACUAUUUCAUAAAAAACCCUUGAGCUGCUGCCAUGGAUGGGGAGGAAGAGCUUUCUCACUUGUGCGAGGAUGUGGUUUGUGAACCUGAUGGCUCCAUAGAAAGCAAAAAAAGAGAGGCAAAAGGGACCUGCCUGACAAUUGAGGGGCAGGAUGGCUAUGUCUUCAAAUCCUACAGCAUUAACCCUCAUGAUAUUGUAGAUGCAAAGUCACCUGCUUGCUCCUCAACACUGGAUAAUAACUGCCUCCCUCCUUUCCCUUCUUUCCCAUCUUUUGAUUUAUCUUCUCAGGAUGAAUGUCAGUUGGAGUUAGAUGCAGCAUGUAACACUGAUCCACCUUCUCCUAAUACAGAAAUUGAAGGAAAUGCAGAGACUGAGAAUUAUGAAAAUAGCAAUGAAUCAAGUGAACAUGUUCAAGAGGAAAUUGAGGAUGCAAAUGGGAUGGAAGAUGAAACACAAGAUGAUGAAAGGCUAGCAUUUGGUAGCUCAAUCGGUCCUUUUGUAACUAGAGAUGGUGAUGAUUAUAGUAAUUUAUUUAGCGGAUACACAAGCACCCUUUAUGAUGUUGCCAUGGACGCUGUCACUCAGAGUCUUUUGUCAUCUAUGAGAAGUCACACCAACCCAAGGAAAAAAUCUCCUGCAUGGAAUCACUUCUGCAUAUCGCCACGAGACAAUACCAAAGCAAUCUGUUUAUACUGCAUGAAAGAGUUCAGUCGGGGGAAGAACGAAAAAGACCUCAGUACAAGUUGUUUAAUGAGGCAUGUACGAAGGGCUCACCCCACUGUGCUUUUACAUGAUGGAGGGGACAUAUCUUCAAGUAGUCUGCCUAGUUCUUUUGCCUCAUCUUUGAUAGUUCCCUCCCCAAGCUCACCAAAAAAUGGAGACUUAAUAAAUAGCAUUCUUUCUUCUGCCUCAAAGAACACUUCGCCGUCCACCUCCUCAGCUGAAAAUUCAGACCCGUCAUCCAAAGAAGUGUUAUCCAAAGCCGAGCCAAAACUCGAACCGUACGUCAUUGCAGACACCGCUUGCAACACCCCCUCAUCCUCACAUUUCAGCGAAAACCACAUCGAAGAUGUGUCAGACAGUGCAUCCGAGCGCCCUCCAGGAACCCCCAAAAGCUCUAGUUCCCGUCGCAGGUCAGCUGUAUGGAAGCAUUUCUACCUGUCGCCUAUUGAUAAUUCCAAAGCUGUAUGUAUCCACUGCAUGAAUGAAUUCAGUAGGGGUAAAAAUGGGAAAGAUCUAGGGACGAGCUGUCUUAUUCGUCACAUGUGGAGGGCCCACAAAGAAGUUGUAAUUGAAGAAAAUGGACAGGGCAAUCAAAUUCCUCCACCCUAUACAAACCCACCCUCGCUGCUGUCCCGCACACAACUACAAGAUGCUUUAGAAAUGAAAAAAGAGUCGCCCCUUAUGCCAUCCUCCCCAGAAACCAUAUCAGAUGAAUUACCCCAAAGCAUUGAGGAAAACAUGGAUAUUAAGGAGGAAUGUGAGGAAAUGAUGCAUUUCUCAGGGCAGGAGUCCUCUCUCAAUGUCUCCCUCAAAGAUCAAGGGGAGGAUACACCCCUGACUUCCUCACCGUGCGACUUUGCCGAAGGCCCCAGCCUCAAUCAGGAUCAUUCGGUUUUCCAGCAAAACAAGAAGAUCAUGAAACGGGUGAAAUCUGAAGUGUGGCACCAUUUCAUAGUGUCACCAGUUGAUCAGUUAAAAGCACUGUGCCGUUACUGUCCAUGUGUCAUUAGUCGGGGGAAGCGGGGCGACUUUGGUACAAGCUGCCUGAUGAGGCAUCUUAUGAGACGCCACCCGGACGUUCUCAAAAACCAAAAAAGCACAGAAGAAAAGGAAUCAUCCCCUCAUCCCUACGCCAACGUCGCCCCAGUGAAUACAGUUUCAGCCAAAGAAACUGAGAGCCCUGUCACUGAGAAAAAAACACAAACCCCGCCUGUUUUUAGCAAAAAGACGUCAAAACUGUGGAACCAUUUCUCCAUUUCGCCUACUGACCCUACAAAGGUGGUUUGUUUGCACUGUAACCGCACAAUUAGCAGAGGCAAAAAGACUACGAACCUCGGCACAAGCUGCCUCUUCAGGCACAUGCAGAGGUUUCACGGACAUGUUCUUGAAAGUAACAAUACUGUCUCAGGUGAUGUGCCGUCUGCUGAAAUUCACAUUAAACAAGAAGCUGUGGACACUUCUGUUUAUGAAACGGAGCAAAACUGUGAAAGGUUUGAUGAAGACCACCCGGUUGCCAAAAAAAUAACCAAACUUAUUGCAGAAAUGCUCGCACUGGAUCUUCAGCCAUCAGCUUUGGUGGAGAAUGCUGGACUGAACAGACUGCUUGAGUUCCUCCAGCCUCAGUACUCUCUACCACCAUCUUCUUAUUUUACCAGCACUGCCAUACCAGAUAUGUAUGAAAGGGUUAAGGAUGUUGUGCUGACCCAUUUAAAAGAGGCUGAAGGUGGUGUUGUCCACUUCACAACAAGUAUUUGGGUUAGUAGCCAGACGAGGGAAUACCUGACCCUUACUGCCCACUGGGCAACAUACGAAUCACGUGUCAGACCACUAGGUCAAGACUUUCACUGUUCUGCUCUCCUAAGUGUCUCACAAAUAGACUGUGAUCAAGAUAUGCAUGACAUCCCAAAACAGCUUGAGUAUCUGUGGGAUUCUUGGAUCACCUCAUCAGGGCUAAAAAGGGGGUUCACUGUAACAGACAACAACACCAUCAAACAUACCUUGGAGGAGCAUGGCCAUGUCACCAUGCAGUGUUUUGGACACACUAUAGACCUCAUAGUUAGUGAAGCCAUAAAAAGCCAGAGAAUGGUUCAGAACCUUCUGAGCAUUGCACGCAAGAUCUGCGAACGUGUGCACCGCUCGGCACAGGCGAAAGAGAAGCUGGCCGAGCUCCAGAGGACUCACCAGCUGCCAGAGAACCAGCUGAUCCAGGAUGUUCCGUCCAAAUGGAGAACCUCCUUUUUCAUGCUGGAGCGGCUGGUGGAGCAAAAGCAAGCCAUCGACGAGAUGUCGAUCGAGUGCAAUUUCAGGGAAAUUAUCAGCUGCGACCAGUGGGAGGUGAUGUUGUCGGUCUGCAAUGCACUGAAACCUUUUGAAGUCGCCUGCAGGGAGAUGAGCAACCACACUGCCACUCUGGGACAAGUGAUACCACUCAUUCACAUCCUCACCAGGAAAAUAGACAUGCUGUUUGACGAGACUGUGGGCAUAGAUAAUAUGCUUAAAUCUCUUAAGGAAGCCAUGGUGAGCAAAAUGUCUGCAACUCUCCAUGACCCUCGAUACACCUGGGCAACCAUGCUGGACCCAAGAUACAAAACAUCACUGUUCACAGAGGAAGAAGCUGAGCGAUGUAAACAGGAUCUGAUCCAAGAGCUGGACUCUUCUACCUCAGAUGCAGAUAAGCCUCUGCUGUCAAACGGCUGCAGCGAGGCUCCUGAUUCAUCCAGUACCUCCCCUUCAAACAAGGACAACCUCUGGUCCUUGAUGACUGAGGUCAGGCAAAAUGCAAAACUUGAGGAGAAGACAAAGUCUUCAGAGAUGGCAGUGCUCGAGUACCUUGAGGAAGACAUACUGGAUCAAAGCUGUGACCCCCUUGACUAUUGGAAUCUGAAAAAGUUCCUGUGGCCGGAUCUUGCCAAAGUAGCUGCCCGUUAUGUGGGCUGCCCUCCCAGCAUUGUCCCAGCAGAAACACUGUUCAGCACGGCGAGCGUCAACUGUGCUCUAAAUCAGCCCAGGCCUAUGUUGGACAACAUUGAGGGCCUGCUCUUCCUUAAAGUCAACCUCCCUUUGAUUUAUUUUCAGUACUGAUCAUCACUGAGCAUUAACUUGAAACCCCCCCUCUAACAAGGACCAAGUUGCAUAGCUGUGAAAUGGGAGGUGCUUUGGUGAGCAUAAUGUAAAAAAAUCAAUUUAUACACUGAUUCUCAAUGCAAAGGCCAGAUUGAGGUUUUAUUGUUAUGUAUACUACUGUUAAAACACUUUGGAGCUGUUGUGAUGAAAAGUCUCAGUAAGAAGUGUAUCAGGGAGGGAGGGAGGGUUUUUCUAGCUGUAGGGGUUGGUGAUUAUAUGUCUGCUUAUAAACCGAUGUCCUUUUGUUUUCUGUCUACUCUCUCCUUGUGCCUUAUCCAAAAACUACUUCAGGUCAAAAUGCUGUAAAUAUUGGAAUCAUUCAGAUCUUGUCAGGAUGCUUUUUUGUUUCUUUUAUUGUUGUUUGUUGGUGUUGUUGAUGAAUGGAU